CCUUCAGAGAGGACACGGGUCAGGAACAUGUCCACCACCAACACAUCAGCGCUGCAGCCUGGUGUCUCAUUGGUUCUCCCCCGCAACGCCUGCAGAUAAAAAUACGGCGGCCUGCCAAUUGCAAGCUGCCAUCUGCCAUCUGCAUCAUCUUCACCACAUUUCUCUACUUACCAUCACCAGCUUCCACCACGCCAGAACACCCUUAACUUUGGCAAGAUGUCCGAGUUUCUGGAUGUCUACUGGCAAGCGCCACCUGUCGCAAGAACAUUUGCGACGGCCGCCUUUGUCACGUCUCUGUCCGUCCUCCUCGGCAUCGUGAAGGCGUACUGGUUUAUCUUCCUGCCGGACUUCCUCUUCCAGUUCCCGCCUCAGAUCUGGCGUUUCGGGACCAAUUUCUUGCUUACUGGCCCCCAACUCGGCCUGCUCUUUGACACGUACUUCCUGUACACGUACCUCACUGCCCUCGAGAUCGGCAACCCAAGGUUCGCUAGACGCGAGGAUGUCAUUUGGUAUCUCAUGUUUGUGUGCACUGUCAUCACGGCGCUCUGCACCUACCUCAUGGGCGGAGGAGCCUUCCUGCCGGCUUUGAUUCUCGCUAUGUGUCGCACAGUCACCCAGGACCAACGUGGCAUGAAGGCCAACUUCUACUUCGUCACUAUUCCCGCCCAGCUGACCCCGUUCUGCAUGAUGCUCGUGUCGCUGCUGUUCCCCGGCGGGUACUAUACCUUCAUGAUCCAGCUCAUGGGCUUCAUUGCCGCCCACCUAUACGACUUUUUGUCCCGGGUGUGGCCCGAGUUCAGCGGCGGUCGCAAUUUGAUCCCCACGCCCGCCUUCCUGUCGCGUCUUGUACAGACACCUCGCUUCAACCAGCGUGGCUACGGCACUGCCGUUCGCGGCGGCGGAGGCGCCCCGGCUCAAACCUCUGGCAGCAGCACGGGCGUGUCUCAGGGUGGGGGCGGAGUUCUGCCGGAUUCGUGGAGGACCCGAGGACCUGGAAGGCGUCUGGGUUGAGAGUAGAAGAGAGUUGUAAGAUAGAGCACUAUCGCAUUACCGAUAACAAGAGUAUAAUUUGUUUCUCUAAGUAUCGUCUUUACGUCCCAUGUCACGUGAGCACCAUGUGCUAGAAAUUCAGAAAAUCCGCCCGCCACCAACGCCAGAAGCUAUGACCCCGAACCCGAUCCCGAUCGUUUUGUCGAGUGUAUGCCCCGACGCCUUUGGCGCC